AUGGUGGGCGCGGGGCAGUGGGCCCGCGUCACGCCGAGCAGCGGGCAAGGCGCGCGGCGCCCUCCAUCCACGCCCGGCCGGGGCGCGGCGCGGCGGCGGGCGCGGGGUCCCCGGGCCGAGCCCCAGCCCGCGGCCCGCGGCCCCGCUGCCUGGCCGGACCGAACGGCUGCCCCGGCGCGCACCCCUCCCCGCACGUACUCCCGGCGCCCCCUGCCAGCCCGCCAGCCGGCGACCCCAUCUCUCGCGGGCCACCUCCCCCUCGCCGCCCAGUCCCCUUCCUCAUCGCACCCCCAACCCCUGAAGCCACUGCGCCCCCCCGCCCGCCCCGGGUCGGCCCGCAAGGACUGGGCAGAGGCCGCCCGAAAUCGGGCCUGUCUGGCCCACUUGGGGGACGAACGAUCCACGUUCCCUCGGCGCCACGAAGAGGCCCGCCCAGCCCGCCUCUGGCAGGACACGAAGCCUCGCGGUCACUCGGGAAGGAAGGAGAAAGAGACCGGCUGCGGCUGGGGCGCCGCAGCGCAGGUGGCUCAGGUCCUAGGGAAAUGGUUGCAAACCAAGGUUUGGGGUUUGGGAGGAACCCAUCCUCCUUGGCCUGCAUGGGGGCCUAUGACUCCUAAUUCAAGUUGGCUUGGCCUUCUUCUGAAAUCGGUCAGUGGGAAGGACAGGCUGCAGGCGUGGAGGCCUGACGCGGUGGCUCGCACGCGGCCGCCUGCGAGGGUGGCCUGGCUUCCUGGAGCUCCGUCUCCCGUGACCGCGGAAAGCGCAGGCCGCGCGGGGAGAGAGCCGCAGCGACGCGCGCCCCACCGCCGCCUCCCUGGGACUGCGGGCCGGGACGCCCAGCCCACGCGCGGAGUGCCCAGGCAAGCCGUGCCGCCCGGACUUCGGCUGCGCCGCUUGGCCGCCCUGGCUCUCGCUGUCCGUCCGAGCUCCGGCUCGGCAGAGAGCGGGCGGGCGCGCAGGAAAACCCGAGAGCUGCUGUGAAAUCGUGACCACUUUGUGACAAUUACAGGGGCGACGCUCAGUUUCAGGCUGGCCCUGCAUCUCCCCCUCCUCCCGUGCGUGCCUUUGUGACCAUAAGUGAA